AUGACCGUCAAUCAGCAGAGCGGUGAUAGCAGUUAUAACUGUAGUGAUGAUGGUCCUUCAACUGUGCGUUUGACCCCGUCGACUACAUCCUACACUCCUAUAGAGGGACAGACUCUCCCUACCGUCACGUGUUCGUCUGACUGUAACCCAGUAUGUACUUACAGCUGGACAAAGGAUGGACAGUCCCCCACAGCAGGGUCAGAUCUCCAGCUCACCAACAUACAACGUGGUCAGACGGGCGUGUACAGGUGUGCGGCCAGUAACGGUUACGGGAGUCGGACCUCUAGUGACGUCACUGUUACUGUAAAGUACGGUCCUGGAAUGUCUACUUCAAUUUCACCACCGGACACUACCUACACCAGGACUGAGGGGGACACGUUACCGAACAUCACCUGUAUAGCUGACUGUAGACCUGGCUGUAUCUUUGUCUGGACCAAACCUGACAACACCAACUUUACUGCCUCCGCUGUGUUGUCACUGGGACAACUGGACAGGUCAGAGCACGGGACAUACAGAUGUACUGCUAGAAAUAUUGCCGGAGAGUCAACUACAAGUGUUACCGUUACAGUACAGUAUGUUCCUGGUACUGUUACCCUGUUCCCACCUGACACCACUUACACCAGGACUGAGGGGGACACAUUACCGGACAUCACCUGUACUGCUGACUGUAGACCUGAUUGUACCUUUGUCUGGACAAAACCUGACAACACCAACUUUACUGUCUCACCUGUGUUGUCACUGGGACAACUAGGCAGGUCAGAACACGGGACGUACAGCUGCCCGGCUAGGAAUGUUGUUGAAACGUCGAAGACAACAACAAAUGUUAUCGUACAGUGUAAGUAUGCUUGACGUCGUUUGAUAUGUGCGCAAUAAACAGAGCUUUUAAUAUCGAAACACUGUUCGUCCUUUCGUCUGUAAGCCUGCUUACAGAACCUUGUAAUUAGUACCAGUCAUUGAACGAAUCCUUUGCUUUUGUGUGUUUUCUGAGCAGAACCUCUAUGCUAAUGUGUACGAUAGCUUCACUCAUUCUUAUUCAUCAAACUCAUUUGAAAAAUAUAUAGAUAUUAUUGUCUAAGUUGCUUGAUAUUUAACACAAAAAAAAAAAAAAUGUUCGUUUUUAACAAUAAAUAUCCAUGUCAAGUAUGUAGACGCAUAUACACGUAGUACACACUUAUAUCUGUGUUUUUACCCACGUUUAAGUUGGUGGAAAUCUUCCGUAAGUAAUAACUACGGACUUCUUAGCUAUUUACUAAAAAGUCUACUUUUUUAUUUAGUUUACUAAA